CUCUCUCUCUCUCUCUCUCUCAAGAGGAGGUGAGUCACAGACCCAUCAAUGGAAAUAACCUCAAGACCUCAAGAGAGAGAAAACCCAUCUCCCACAAACUCCCCAAACAGCAAUGUAAGCAGUAGUAACUACAGCAAUGGAUCAGUCCAAAUUCAAACCCCAUCAUUGACCCCAAAACCCAUCUCUAGAUCUGAAACCAAUCCUUACCCAACCACCUUUGUCCAAGCAGACACUUCUACAUUCAAGCAAGUAGUUCAGAUGCUCACUGGAUCAUCCGAAACAGCCAAACAAGCCUCCAAACCAAUCCCAUCAGAUCCACCACCUUCCAAAGGGUCUAUAUCUAUUCCACUAAUCAAGACUGGACAAAAGAAACAAGGUUUCAAGCUCUAUGAAAGAAGGAGCAUCCUCAAGAAUGGUCUCAUGAUCAGCCCCUUGAUGCCUGGUUUAGCCCCAAAUUCUGGGAUUUCACCUCGAAACACAGAGAUCUUAUCCCCAAGUAUUCUUGAUUUUCCUUCACUUGUUCUUAGCCCAGUUACACCAUUGAUCGAAGACCCAUUUGAGAAAUCUUCACCUUCCAUGGGAAAUUCAUCGGAGGAAGAGAAAGCAAUUGCUGAGAAGAAAUUCUAUUUGCAUCCAUCACCAAGGACAACGACGCCGAGAGACUCCGAGCCACAGCUCCUGCCAUUGUUUCCGGUGACUUCGCCGCGAGUUUCAGGGUCGUCUUCUUGAGAGAUGGUGUCUCUUGUGAAGGUGUAAUUGUGAGUAGUUGAAAGGAAGAGUACUGGGUGUUGGAGGGUUAAUUGGAGAGACAGGUAUUGAUCUAGCUUCAAUUGUACAAUUUGAUCUCUCUCUUACUGUGUCUUACAGUGUUAACUUUGCGUAUUUCCUUUCAUUUGUUUCUGCUUUUCUUUUCUUUUGGGUGUUUCUU